ACUGAGCAAACCUGUUCUCCUUGGCUGUGUUGUUGAGCUCAGUCCAAGGAAGAAAGCCUGAGGGUGUGCGGCAGUUUUCUGUGCAACAAUGAAAGUAUCUCUGGCUACUGCCUGGCUGAUUUGUGCAGCGGCUGUAGACCUUGGUGUGUCUUUGCAGUGUUACACCUGCAGUGAACCCAUGGAUGUCCGCUACUGCCUGACCGUCACCCACUGCCCAGAGAACACCACUGCUUGCAAGACAACCGUCCACUCGGUGGAUUCAGGUUUCCCCUUUUUUGGAAACAUCACAGUCAGCAAAUCUUGCUCCAAAACCUGUGUGCCCUCUGAGCCGGACACCAUCGGCGACAAUCAUCCCGACUACUGCUGUCACACGGAUUUGUGCAACGUGGGUGCGGGUCAGGCAGCCACGGUGGAGUUCGGUGCCCUGAGCUUCACCGUCAUCCUCGCCGUGUCUCUGCUCUGGCUUCAAGGAUAACCCUCCAGGGAGAGGCUGGGUUGGUUGUGGGGAAGACAACUCUCCCCAGUGCCCAAACAAGGACCUGGUCUCUCCUGCUGGAAGGUGGUUGAGAUGGAGAGCGGGGAGGAGAAGAGUCUCCAGGAGCAGAAGAAUGGAAAAGGAAGAAGAAAGGGACCGUGUCAUUAGUAUCGAGUGUAGUUUUCCUCUGUUCCUACUCAAAUAUUGAAACACACGUACCUUCCUCCUCCUCCCUCUCCUUUCUCCUCCUCUUCCUUGCUCUCCUCCUCCUCACUCUCCUUCUUUCUCCUCCUCCUCCUCUUCCUUGCUCUCCUCCUCCU